UAUGCAUGCGAGAUAACGGUAUAGAAACGCCACCUAAUCCAUGUAAAUGUUCUCUUUUUUUUCUUUUUUUUUCUUUCUUUUUUAUUCACCACAUACUUAAAUAUCAUGUAUUUUGUACGUUUGUAUGUGUGUGUGUGUACAUGUGCGUGCGAACGUUCAAGGAUUCUCCUGGUGUACUUGGUCGAUUAUGUCAUUUCUUGAGAGUUCGAACGACUAAGUACUUAUUAUUAUGUAGCCAAAUGUAGGAAAAAUCGAAAGAAAAAAAGGAGAAGAAAAAAUGAAAAUCAAUAAAAAAAUAUAUCGCGUCUAAUUCACGUACGUAAGUUUUGGAAAAUUGAGUCGAAUGUGUGAAUCAAUUUUGAAUAUGGCGCCCACUUGAGCGUUACCAUCCAGGCCGUCCAACAGAAAAUUUCAAGCGAGCACUGUCGACAACAAUAAGAAAAAAAAAUAAACGUUGUGUUGGGACACGAUCAAGACGACAACGACGACAACUCGUUUACGAUAGAUCGAUCGAUCUUAUCGUCUUAUCAUUUAUGUCGUAUUUCCUAUUGUUUGUGAUACGUUUAAAUACUUUUGAAGACUUUCAAGGAAGAUAAAGAGAUCGAGAAAAUAAAAAAAUGGUGUGCUUUCAAGAUAUAUCGAAAGUAUCAGUUAAAAUUUAAGUGAUAAGUUACGUAAUUUUAAUGUGUUAUCCGACAUAGGAAGCAAGAAAAGCGGCAAAUUUAAAUUUUACGUAUUAUAGUGAUAUAUGAUCGUAAGGUCUGCUAAUAUUGAACUCAUGGAAGUCUAAUAAUAAAACAGAGAUAAAAAAAGAAAAAGGAAGGAAUGAAGAGAAAAAUAAAAAUCAAUGGGAUUAAUUCGACCAAACAAGUAAAUUAGUCUGACGAAGAAUAUUUAUUUCUUGUUAUUAAAUUGGUAGAUAUUUUUUCUUUUUUGGAAGAAAUAAUGUUGUGUCAUUCGUCGUAGCGUUUCGAUAAGACCCGAACGAUAACCCGAGAUCUUUGAAAUAAAAAUUCAGUGAGUGGGCCGUAUGGACCGAUCCAAUAUUGCCGCAUAACUUUUAAAUUUAAUUUUCUGAUUUCUUUUUUAACAAAUAUACCGUUUUGAAAAGUAAAGUAAUAAAGUUUAUUUAAUCGAUAAAUACGUUGAAGUGAGAUAAUAAAGUUUGAAAGUCGAGAGAUUUGAAUAUUUCAUCUUGUAUUGAUUUGAUUCAAACGAGAGAAAGUUGAAUCGGGAAGAUAGGAUUAGAGAAAACAAGGAAAGAACUAAAAAAAAGAAAAAAAGAAAAAGAAGAAAAUGAUCAUCUGUAAUCGUGCUAGCUCGUUUAUCAGAAUUUGUUGCAUAUCAAGAAUGCGGUAUAGAGUAUUACAAAUUCCGAGAAGAAAAGAAGACAUUGUUGGUGUUGUUCUUGCCACAAGAAAUAUGACGUCUAAUUGCGAUACGAGUGAUAUGGUUAUACCAAAGGAAGAGGUAGUCAGAUUCAUCGAGGAAUGUCUGUGCAAGGUGGGAACACUCAAGGAAGACGCUCACGUCGUAGCAUGUCAUUUAAUGACGUCUGAUUAUCGUGGUCACUUCAGUCAUGGUAUGAACAGAAUGCAGAUGUACGUGAACGACAUUAAAAAUAAAAUCAUCGAUCCUGUUGCCAAACCAAAUAUCGUACAAGACUUUAAGGCGAUAGCUUUGGUCGAUGGACAAAAUGGUUUGGGUCAGAUAAUCGGCAAGUAUUGCAUGGAAUUAGCAAUAAAAAAAGCUAAGGAAUAUGGAAUUGGUAUGGUAUCAGCACGAGGAUCAAAUCAUUUUGGUAUUUGUGCUUAUUACACAUUGAUGGCUAUGGAACAAAAUCUGAUAGGUUUCAAUUGUACCAAUACGAGUCCUUUAAUGGCACCAACACGUAGUAAAAAAGCUGGUUUGGGAACAAAUCCUAUGUCGUUAGGAAUGCCUGCGGAAAAUGGAGACGAAUUUCUUUUGGACAUAGCGACCACCGCUGUGGCACUAGGAAAAAUCGAAUUGGCCUUGAGAAAGAAUGAACCGAUACCCCCUGGUUGGGCACUCGACAAUCAGGGUAAAAUUACAACAAACUCUAGUGAUGCCUACAAUGCGACUCUAUUGAUGCCUUUGGGCGGUGAAGAACGAUUUUCGGGUUAUAAAGGUUACGGUCUUGCCACAAUGGUCGAAGUUCUUUGUGGUAUUCUUUCUGGUAGCAAUUUUGGACCUAAUAUUCGUUCUUGGAAAAAAAGUGACAAAAUUGCUAAUCUGGGACAUUGUUUUAUGGCUAUCGAUCCUGAUGCUUUUUGUUGUGGUUCUAAAGAGAGAUUGUCAGUUUUGCUUUGUCAACUUCGUGAACUUCCAAAGUCCGGUGAAUUAUCUGUUCUCGUAGCUGGUGAUGUAGAGAGAUCUGCCAUGGCGAAAGUCGACAAAGAAGGUGGAAUAACAUAUCAUCCGAAUCAAAUAAAAGACUCUGCUAAAUUUGCUGAACUGAUGAAUGUCUCGCCGAUGAAACUUAUACCGAAAAUGUCCAAUUAGAUCGAAAGAAUUAAAAACUUAAUAGAAAACGUUUGAUCAAAAUUUAUUGAUUAUUAUUACAAACUUUUAAUUGUUCUUUAAUACUGUUGUUCUUACUACAAAAAAAAAACAUGAUAUUCGAUUAUUUCAAAGAAAUAUAUUUUUCUAUUAUAUGCAA